AUGGCGAAAUCAAAGGCCAAGAGGAAGCAGCAAAAUCUGCCCAUUGAGCAAAACAUUAAGAAAGUAAAGACUACAAGUAUUAUCACUCCACCGCCGGAGCUUUCAACUGAACCCAAGACUCUUCACGAUCUUCUAAUCGCCGAGGAAGAUAUCGAAAUAUCCGUUGACACCCUCAAAAUAUUAGCGCAGAAUCCUGCUUUGAUAAAAUCGAAGGCAUGUAAGGAAUUGCGGACUGCGGUUUUUGACUUUCGAAAUGCUUGCACAACAGGCUUCAAUGCGUCUAUCGACACAAACCCCACGGCUCGCAUCAGCGGUGCUCUUGCAGAUGAAGGCUAUACCGAAGCUAGAAUUUUACUUGCGGAGAUGCGAAUCCGAGGGCAAAAGCCCAAAUUAGGUGCGCUCUGCCGAUGGGUUCGAGAUUUAGACGUUGUGAGUGGUUUAGCAGAGCAACUUGACGAAACCGCAGCCAAGCGAACGGCGAGAGAGGAGCAAUUAUUGGUUGUGCUAGAUGCGAUACUUCGAGUCACAGGCCCAGUGGACUAUUCGAUCGAGGAUGGUAUAGACACAAAUGGUCCCAUUGUACCAAGGAAAGCAUGGAACUUGAGGGAUGAGUCAAUACCACGCAACCAGACCUACAAUUCGGUUCUAGACGGUAGCAUAUUCAAUCACUUGCCAAAAGAUAUCAAGUCUCGAUUCCGAGUCAUAGAAACAACACCAGGAUUGGAUCGCAAGCCAGCAAACCUCCAUCCGGCGAUCCUCUGGGCAUCACAGGACAAUGCCAUUGCCUUUUCUGAUACUCCUCCAAAGACAACUCACCAUACACAUCCAAUUGUGCCAAAUCUACAUCUACUUAAGGAUGUUUUGAGUCUAGAAGAAUGCAUUCGAAUCAUUGCCGCUGGCGAGACUGUGGGAUUUACACCAGAUGCCCCAAUACGUGAGGAAGGUGAGGAGAACAGUAUUUUGGCCCACAACUUUUAUUGGGUUGCGGAUAAUGCUUUCUGCGAUGGAGUGUGGAAUAGAGUUAAAGAAUUUGUUCCAACGCAAGUCAAUGGAAAACAGGUAAGAGGUUUGAACAGAAGAUUUCGUGUAUACCGCUAUGUUCCUGGUGCGGAAUAUCGUGCCCAUAUCGAUGGUGCUUGGCCCCCUUCCGGAAUUGACCCCACGAAUGAUAAAUACAUCUAUGACUCUUCUCCACCUGAAGCAAAGCAGUCUUCUUUAUUCACAUUCUUGAUAUAUCUGAACGAUGAGUUUGACGCUGGAGAGACGACUUAUUUCCUUCCAAGCGCCAAAGAAGGUAGCAUGAAUGCGUAUUCAAUAAAGCCGAUUCAAGGUAGUGUGGCAAUGUUUCCACAUGGUGAGACUGAGGGAAGUUUACUUCACGAAGGCACCGGUGUUAAACGAAGCUCGAAUGCUUCAGCAAAGUACGUCAUUCGAACCGACGUAUUAUACGAUGUCGAUAGCAGAUGA